GUACCCAAGGCCAGUGGGGAAAGUCCUGUGGAGGAGAAUUGGUCCAGCCUAGUACUGCCAGGAGCUAACAUCGGCAUGAGGUGCCAUCUCUCCCAGCUGCCCCUGGGUCUUUGUCGCCGGCGUCACGGCGGAUUGGGACUGACUGGGUCCUGUGCAAUUUAAAGCAUGGCUACUGCAGGAGACAAGACAAAGGAAACUGGAAACCACAGCAAUGACUGCUCCAUUCGACUUGAAAACCCAAACAUAGCAGCAAUGAAGGAAGAUGUUUUGUACCAUUUCAGCCUCAGCACCAGUACCCAUGACUUCCCAGCUAUGUUUGGAGAUGUGAAGUUUGUGUGUGUUGGUGGAAGCCCCUCCCGCAUGAAAGCCUUUGCCACCUAUGUGGCUCAGGAGCUGGGCCUUGAAGAACCAGGCGUGGAACCUGUCAAUAUCUGUGCUGGAACUGACCGAUACGCCAUGUAUAAAGUAGGACCAGUGCUGUCUGUCAGCCAUGGCAUGGGCAUACCUUCCAUUGCAAUCAUGCUCCAUGAGCUCAUCAAGCUACUGUACCAUGCCAGGUGCUCCAAUAUCACCAUCAUCCGCAUCGGCACAUCUGGUGGCAUAGGUCUGGAGCCUGGCUCUGUGGUUAUCUCUCAACAAGCAGUGGAUGCCUGCUUCAAGCCUGAGUUUGAGCAGAUUAUCCUGGGGAAGCGAGUUGUUCGGAGCACACACCUCAAUAACCAGCUAGUACAGGAGUUGCUGCUGUGUUCCACAGAGCUGGACGAAUUCCCUGUGGUCGUGGGGAACACCAUGUGCACCUUGGAUUUCUAUGAAGGGCAAGGCCGCCUGGACGGUGCUCUCUGUUCGUACACCGAGAAGGACAAGCAGCAGUACCUGAAGGCCGCCUAUGCCGUCGGCAUCCGGAACAUUGAGAUGGAGUCCUCAGUCUUUGCUGCCAUGUGUGCUUCUUCCAACCUCCGAGCGGCUGUGGUGUGCGUCACCCUUCUCAACCGGCUGGAUGGAGACCAGAUCACUAGCAGCCAUGACGUGCUCACGGAGUACCAGCAGCGGCCCCAAAGGCUGGUGGGCUAUUUCAUCAAGAAGUGUCUCAAGAAAGCCUGACAUCCUCACGCAUCUGACUCUCGGAAGACUAGCUACUGUGCAAAUAAAGUCAUUGCCCAAACCUC